AUGUUCAAAGCUUCUGUUGAUUCACGUGUGAAAUUGCUCAGUAUUUACCAAUAUGAUGACUUCGAUGGGUGUCGUCGAUUGCACAGUGAUUUUGUGUAUUGCGUUACUAAAGUGCACUUUGAUCCGGAUCCCGAUUCGUUGCUAUGGAACUAUUUACAGAACUACUCCACUCAUCCCCGUCGUUAUGAUAGAAGGACGAUCGAGAUGGGCACUUGUGUCCAGGAAUGUGCCGCAGCGUCCGCGGCUUACAACAUAACGACCGUUCUAGAAGAUUGCGUAUCGAGCAAAGUGUGGGCACAGUAUGAGUUCAAUUCCAGCGUUGAAACAGUGAAAUGUAUCAGUUCUACAGAAUCCACCCCUCAAGACGCGACAGAGAUAGGCAUUCUUGAAGUGGCUUUCCUCUGCUGUGCUGUCGGAAUUGUAGUGCUAGUCGGUUUGUCUACAGUAAAAGACACAGCUAAACCACAAUCCACCAGUUUCUUUCCAGUCCCUUCAUGUCUUGUGAAGUCGUUUUCACUCGCACGAACCCUGCCCAAGCUGGUGAACCGGAACGGCCGGUCAGAAUCGGCGCUCUACCAUUUGGAUGGUAUACGGACAAUCGCAACGAUGAGUAUUCUGUUGGCUCAUUCCUCUAUACCGUUAUUAAAAAUGCCCCUGAAGAAUGUAGAGCAGCUCGAGUCUCAGCUCGACCAUCCCUUACUUCCGAUUGUAAUGGCCGCUAAUACGUACACAGUACAGUUGUUUUUCAUCCUGGGAGGAUUUCUGUUGGCAGUCAGCAUACUCGAGCGUGGGGAUACAGAAACAUCGGUAUCAUUCUUUUUUGAACGAGUUAAAAAUCGGCUGAUAAGGAUACUGCCGUCCUACAUUUUCGUAAUCUUCUUUCACGCAUCCUGGUACCGUCACCUGUUCGACGGCCCAAUCGGACACCGAUUCACGGAUUACUGUACUUCGCACUGGUGGACCAACUUGCUGUUCGUUAACAACUACGUCCACACGGAGGAACCGUGUAUCCAAUUCGCAUGGUAUUUAGGGGCGGACUUUCAGCUUUACCUGGUCGGAACAGCGUUGAUGAUGCUAAUGUUACGAUUUCCCAAAGGAGCGCGAUCUAUUCAAAUCUGCAUGGUGUUGAGCGCGCUGUUGGUUCCCGCGAUUACGAUCUAUGUCUUCAGGCUGGACGCUACUGUUAUGUUUAUCUUGAAAUACGUUUUGAAAGAAAUCAGAACUUUGCCCUAUUACACCAAGGUGUACCUUCCAUUGGAGACGAACGCGGGCAACUAUUUCUUCGGUGUCCUUGGUGGCAUUUGCUAUCAUAAGUACAAAGACAAACCGUCGGGAUUUGCUCGGCUAAAGAUGAACUAUUUGCUUCUGAUUGUGGGCACGCUCUUUGUAACGGGAAAUUGCUUGACGAUGCUGCUACCCGAAGACCAUUUGGACUAUCCUUCCAUUUUGCUUGCCGUGUUUGGUUCGUUCCUGAAGAGCAUCUGGGGACUGUUUCUAACCAUAGUGCUGCUCUACUUGGCCCUGAAGCGGCCACCACCGGUGUUGGCAGUAGCACUUCGACAUCCGAUGCUGCUCGUGGGAUCUAAACUUAGCUACUGCAUCUAUCUUGUCCAGUAUGGCUUAAUUUACACCAUCUACAGAUACGUCACAGAACCGCUGAUGUACAAUGGGUUUACUCUGCUUUUGUUCACGUCCACGAUCGUGAGCGUAACAUUGACGGUCGCUUUCUUGCUGCACGUGUGCCUGGAGCUGCCUUGUGAUACGCUUCUGAAACCCGAAAAUCCCGGAAGCAAGCGAAAAUAA